UAUAACUUAGGAGAAAAAAACUUACUGGGUAAAACAGAUUUUUGUUAUAGUGGUUGAAUACGAUCUUCUUUCAUCCGGAGGCCACCAACUUCCCAACAUCGGUCCCGGCUUGCUGGUCCCCGAGCCGUGUGGCUUAUAGGGACUGGCUCACCAAAGUACAACUAAUCUAGGGAGAAAUAUGAUGUUACCUUAGGUACCCUCCCGACUAAGAAUAGGUUAGAUUAGUGGCUGCGUCGCAAUCAAUAGGAGGAUUAAUGGGAUUAAUGGGGGGUGUCAAGUUGGUCCAGGUUACCAUCACAGUGCUGACGCCGACCACCACCUUGUCUUGUCUAGGCUCUCUGUACGAGCGCAAACCUCUCAGCCUAUCACCUUAGCGAGCAAUAAUUAUGCGGUCGACUGACCCGGCUUACCUGUAAAAAAACGUGAGUGAGAUUAAUUGUGCUCCAAACCUCGACUUUUUACUUCUUUUCAACCUCUAUCUUUUGCCUUAAGUCGAUGACCGAAAAUCCGAAAUAAAGAACGAAUACCUUAGCCAGCUCGCGCGAUGGUGCUCAAGAAAAAAGAAGUGUAUACGGUUAUAACACCGAUCCCCACCUUCAUACCCCGCCAGUUAGCUAUCGACAUCCUUCAUAGCCACGGUGAAGUCAUCACGCUAAAUCCCCUCGUUCUCGAAUACAAACAGAUUAAAGCACCUCGCGAUGCUGCCUCCGACGAAUAUUUCUCAACAUGGUACGAGAUUCAUGAGCGCAUUCAGUAUAUCCCUGGUAUGGGAAAGUUAGGGUCUGGCAAAAUCACUUUCAAUGGCUGCUUUCAUGAUCUUCCGUGGGGCCUUCAAACGCACAUUUACGCGCCGAUGGGCGUAGACCUUCGAAACAAGUAUCGCAUCGGCGGUAACCAACCUGGCGUCGAGCCACCAGAGCAACAAGAGAUUGGAUUGGCUGCACUUGGCGCGCCGAAAGAUGGGCUUUACUUGAGGGAAGAUAUUGAGAUCCGAUGCAACAUCACUAUGGUUGGCAUGGUAAAAGCGCAAAUGAAGGCAGCUAGUAAAGAUAUGGUAGAGAGGAUCAUAAAGAAGGCUGAGCUACUUGAUGCUGGCGUAUUACAAGCGAUGAUUGAAGAUGGCAAGAUGAAGACUUUCAAUCCGAACGACAGUACAUACGCCGGUAGUGUAGGAGGGGGUUUGAAGUCACCACCAAUGUCGUCGCCGCCGGGAAGUCCGUAUCAACCGCCGAUGUCGCCGUCGAUACCGUACCAAGUACCGCGACCAAUGUCACUACAGCAAGGGGGCAGCAGACCCGGGACAUCAAGUUCGCUGGGUUAUCCUGCGCAUUGGCAGAAUCAAUUCCAACAGCAAAAUGGGUAUGACCAGAGCAAGAUACAUCAGCAAUACGCCGAGCUACCGAAUUCGCAAGCACCAGUGCCCAGUAAUCAGAACGUUAUCAUGGAACUACCGGGUGAUUUCCACCAUCCUCAAUCGUCGCCGCAGCUACAACCACCUAACCCAUCACCGACAUUUCAACAGCAAGGUCGGAAUUCACCGGCAUCAGUUCAAUCUCAUUCGCCCGAGUUGAAAUCCUGGGGUUGGUCUCAGGGCCAGCCAAGCCCUUCGUUAGAUAGUUCACGGCCGACCUCAUAUUCGUCAGAUCCGGGCAGUGUCGGAUACGCCUCUCCCGGGCUCGAUCACAAGGGCUUUGCGGCUGAGCUACCCACGCACCAGGAGACGACAGAAGAAUACCACCAGCAGGUUGCACAUAAGCCGGAUCCACGUGGUAACCAGGGGUACGCUUACAACCCGGCGGAUUACGCCCAAGUUCGUCGCCGAUAUGGUAGUCUACGGCGCAGGGGAAAAAAUUAAUCGGUUAGAUGGGGCGUUUACUUGUACGAUUUUAUUUCUGGGCCUGGCGAUAUCGAGGUUCCUUGGCGAGAUUCCCUUUAGUUUUCUAGGAUUGUUUGGCGUUUUCUAUAUGAUGGGCUCUGGGAAUAUACAGGAUUCUAAGGUCGCGAUGAUUUUGAUGUGCCUCUACUGUACGGUCGAUCGAUCUCAAUUAAAAUCUGUUUAAGAACUUUUGAUACCAAAAUAUCUCUUCUGAUUAAUGAAUUCAGUAUUCUUCCAUCUUA